AUGUAGGAUGCUUAAGACAAGUUAGAAUUACAUUCAAAACUCUUGAAAUACCCUCCAUUCUACACCUUAUAAGAUCAUAAAGAGACUAGAAAGAAGCAGAUAACUUAAUGGAGUGAGAUUGUACAUCUCUACUUUCAAUCACAUAAAAUUUUGGAAUCCUCUAUUAGCGAAAUUCUUAAUUUUCCCAUAUUUUAAGAUUCAUCAUCUGGAAUAAUUAAGAAAUUAGAUUCUUCAGAAAUUAAAGAAAUACUUAAUUAAAUGGCACAAUUAGGAUCUAUAGAAUGGAAAAAUGAUUAAAAUUUCACUGUGAAUUUAGUCAGUCCAUUCGAGUUGGCUGAUGCAAUCUAUGCUUGGGCUAAGGAGAAAAAAUUGAUUGGCUACACUGAGACAUUAAGAGGAAUUACUGAGGGAAGCCAGACUGAUGAAUCUAAAAAAUUUUAUAAUUUACCUUAAGAGUAGAUUCUCAAGGCAUGCUUAAUUCUAGAAGAAACAGGAAGAUGUUAGGUUUAUGAAUUUGAUGGCUUGUAUAGUAUCAAAUUUAUAUGA